ACAUGAGAGACUCUCUAAUGGCUGUAGAGACUCAGCCGGACUUCAUACAAUGCUCUUCCAGCUCCUUAAAACAUUUGGCGAGUUUCAAACCAGGAGAGUGUGUGAGCUGAGAGAGACUCUGUGCUCUACAGCAAACGCACUCACUGAGCAGAGGAUGUGCUUCGAUUUGGCACACACAUUUCCAGAUGCAGAGCCGCAAACAACAGCUGAUGUGGAUGCUUCCUAUGGAUCACCUUUAUUUCAAGACCAUGUGACAGAUGUGAUUCUUCAUGUUCUGGAAGAUGUCCACGCCAUCAUAAAUCAGUUGAGUGUAAUGAGCAGGAGGCUCGAUGCUGGUAUUGCUUUUCUUUCUGAAGUCAGUGAAGAGACAGAUGAUCCAACCAGUUUUGGACGUCUGAAUACUGCAAACAACAUGAAAACAGAAUCCAGUAACACAAAUAAACCACUGGAGCAGCUUCAUGAGAAUCACAGCCUUGCAAACGUUCAGUCUAUAAGGCUCACAGAUGAUCCUACAGAUGCAGUGAAGACCUGUACUGUGGUUGAGGAUGACAGAAAUAGGAGAGAUGAGAUCUCACAAACAAGAACAGACUCAGCGGAUGAAAAUAUUGUGGAGAGUCUGAAUAUGAAUGAUAAAGUGGAUGAAAAAAAAGAAGGAGAGGAGAGAGAGAAAAGUAAAGGAGAGGAGGGUGAAAGGCUGAAGCAGACACUGGUCACUGUUGGACUUGCAGACAGAGCUGGAUCCUCCAAGUCUCCUAAACUCUGCUAUAUAAUGGCCUCAUCAGACAUUGUGAGUGCAAUGAGCUGUGAGUUGGUGGACGGUCUAAGUUCUCUGAUAGUGUCUGGAUCAGAAGAGCUGCUCAGCGCCGUCCUCCGCAUACAAACCUACAGCCAUGUUAAAUGUCCCUUUCCACUCACGGUAGCAGUGCCAUUCCAGGCCAGUUACCGUGGGAAUUACAGAGAGAUCAUAGUGAAAGUGGUGGAUCCAGGACAAAGAGUCAGCUACGUCACACCUGUGUCUACUGAAGGGUUUUUUGAAGGACAACGGGGUUCAUUUGCGGUAGUGCGGGUGUAUACUCUUGGUGUGUUUGCAGUUCUAUCCCGUUUGAGGACAGAGAGCUUCACAGUCUCUAAGGCCGGACUGUCUCUCAAACUGAGUGUGGACUCCAGAAUAUGCCUUGACUACUUGCCUGGAUCCUUCACCACACCAGUUGUUGCUCAAGUGAUGGUACAGCCAGUGGAUGCUUUUAUUUUAUCGUCUCUAAAAUCCAGAAAUGAUUCUUACCAUGAAGCUCUUACCUCAACCCCCCUGCUUUACCUCAGCCAUCCAUCAAACCUUAAACUCAGACGACCACUGACAGUCAGCUUGCCCUGUCCUCCAAUCUGCGACAAGAGGAGAGCUGCAGAAGAUGCUGACAGACCUGCUCGAGCAUCAAACACUUUCUCACCACAGCUUAUGAGGGUUGAUGGUGCCUCAGUAAAAACUCAUAAAGGCUGUAAGGAGCAGCUGGCUCUGCUGGGCUGGACAGAGAACCACUGGAACGUUCUGGAUAAAGUCAGUGUUAAGAACCUACAGAACAGCUUGGUCUGUUUUGAGCUAACAGAAAGCUAUGAAAGGUUAAUAGUCCUUCGCCUUCAGUCCUCUGUAAAAUCCUCCUGCCUGGCUUCAUUAGUUGAAGAACUGGAAGAGGCUGUAAAGAGCUUCUCUGUGACAGUGAUGCUGCAUCAUGAGCGUUUGGACCCCUGCAGUGUGGUUGUGGAGACCCUGUCCAGCAGAGAUGUGAGCUGGGCACUGCGUGAACUGCAGGAUCAGGGUUACUGUGGUCCUCCAGACUCCUCAUCUGAACUCUCCAUGAGGGAGGGAGAACAGCUGCUGAUCCGAUUCAGUGGGAACAUAACCUGCGCUGGCAAUGAACAGACAGAUUCCCACAUAAUCACAUUCCACAACCAAAGAAAGAACCGUCUGUAUUUGACAUUAAAAGAAGUGGACCCCUUCGGCAACCACAGCUCUCCACACUACAAAGGUGUAGCCAGUUUCUUCAAGGUCAGCAAAGAUGAUCUGGUCUGGAGUGAUGAUAGAGCAUUCGUUAAGGACUGUCCGCUAGAAGAACCUGUCUGCCGGCUGCCGAUCACUCUGCCCAAGGGUGCCAGAACAGUCUUUCAGCCUGUGAGAAUCAAGUUAAUGCAGCAAAGUGUAACCCAGCUCACUGACUAG